AUGGGGAACAGCACCAGCAGAUUGACUGCCAUGCCUCAGGAAGGUGCUGCUAAUUUUUACAAGUUAGAAGAAGAGAUUACAUGUUCCAUUUGUCUCCAUGAGCUCUUUGAUCCGGUCUCCAUCACUUGUGGUCAUACCUUCUGUAGAGGCUGUAUAACCAAAUAUUGGGACGCCCCGGGGCUUCAAAGUUACCGCUGCCCAGAAUGCAGGAAAAUCUGCCCCAAAGACCAGCUCAUACCUAGUUACAGGCUGAAGAACAUGGUGACCAAGGUCCAACUGGCUGUCAAGGAAGAGCAGAGAGCAGACAGAUUCCACCUUCAGCCCUUCAACUGGUGUACACAGAUCAUGAUGGAAGAUUGCAGCUGGAUGAGUCGGUGCUACAGAGAUGCUUCUUGGAUGCGGAGGUGUCGGAAUACCCCCCGUGCCUUAUAUGUGUGAUUGGGGAGAAACGGAGAGGAAAAUCCACCCUACUGAAUUAUAUCAUGAGAGCCCUUCACUGCCUGGAAAGACACCAGCCGGUCAGUCUUGGGCAGGACGAGGAACCCCUCUCAGGGUUUGAAUGGAGAAAUGGCACUGACGGUGUAACAAAGGGAAUCUGGAUCUGGAGCAAACCCUUCAUCCUGGAGAGGAAUGAGGAGAAGAUGGCGGUAUAUGUCCUGGACACGGAGGGUUCGCUGGAUAUUGAAGGUGACCGGGAGACCUGCCUUAAACUUUCUGCACUGUCUAUGCUACUCAGCUCAUAUCUGAUUUUUAAUGUCAAUGCAUGUCUGAAAACCACAGAACUGGAUUAUCUGGAGAUGUAUCUUCAUGUGUCCGAACUGACAGGAGCGUCCUUUUCACUACAAUAUCUGCAGCACUUGGAUGUUCUGGUGAGAGACUGGCAGGAUCCUAACCAUUGUGGCCGUGAAGCUGCUCGUACCUACCUACGGCACGAGAGUGAGAAACUGAGGCUGCGGAAAGGUUCUGAAUACCGGCGUUUGCUGGACACUCUUAGAAGUCCAUCUGUCAGCGGCUUCCUGUUUCCCCCACCCGGGGAAGAGGUUUCUGAUGUCAAGUCAGGGAUCACUGGCAGACAUGGAUGAAGAUUUCAGAGAUCACCUCACAAGGUACAUCUCCGAACUUAUGGCAGGAAUUUGGCUCCACCAGAAAACCGAUAUCAGCGAAAAGAAGAUCACCUGCGACCAUGUGGGGAGAGCGCUGAAGGAAUUUGUUAUCAUGUUACAGAGGAGACCGUACAGCUUUACUUCCCCUUUGCAGAUGUUUUAUUCACUCGAAAACCGGAAACACAUGAACAGUAUCUUAAAGAGCUUUCAGGAUUUCUUGGACCAGCAGCUCCCUGCCAAUGCUUCUCCAUUCAAAAUCCUUGGGGUGAGGACAUCUGAGAUGAGGACCAGGGUCAGCGAGCAGACCGAUGUUCAUCUUGAUACUUAUGAGGGUGUGCUGAGAGGAGAUAACGCUGCGGAGAAAGAGAUGCUCAUGGAGGAGAUGAAAUCUCUGCUGAAAGAAAAACAAGAAAGUUUCUGCGCUGAAUAUUCAAAGCGUUUCACCAAAUGUGCAAUAGGUAUUGGCUGUGCCGUAGGAGGAGGAGUCCUGAGCCUGGCCGGUGGGGUUGUAGGGGCAGCAGUGGCUGGAACUGUGCUCGCUGUUGAGGCUGUAGGUUUAUUGGGCAGUACGACUGCAGCGGUGGUCACAGGGGCAAUCGGAGGCUCCGUCACCCUUGGAGCCAUUGGAACUGGUGUUGGAGCGGGCGUUGGUGGUGUUAUUGGACAUGUGGAAAAGAAAAAAGACACAAAAGCUGAGAGAAGUACAGAGACAUCCACAGAAGACACCCAACAUCUGGUGGACAAAAAAGACUGA